AUGUCUUCCUCUCCACCUCUACAAUAUAUCAGAAUAAACGGUGCCGACCUGGCGUACAGGGAAGCUGGGGAAGUAUCUAAUCAGUUGUUUAUCACACUUCAUGGUGGAAGGGGAUUCGGCUCUCACGAAUCUGACUUCUCAGCUUAUCUACCACUGUCAACCACCCACCACAUCGUUUCCUUCGAUUUCAGAGGUCACGGUCAAUCAUCCCAUACACCUCCAUACACAUUCGCACACCUAGUAGAGGAUAUCGAGUCUCUCCGACAAUACCUGGUGGCAAAACAUAACAAGAAAGAAGCCAAAGCGGUAAUAUGCGGAGGGAGUUUUGGGGGAUAUCUGGCUCAACAAUAUGCGAUCACGUAUCCUGGGGGAUUGAGUCAUCUGAUAUUGAGAGGUACGGUACCGUCCUAUGAGCACGAAACGGAAGCUAUGGAGGUUCUCGAACAGCGUUUAUCCCGCGCACCACUGGCAUCGCUCAACUUCCUCAAAAAGGUCUUUAACUCAUUUGUAGAUGAUGACGAGAUGCGAUUGGUCAUGUUCGCUAUUGGACCUCUGUACUCUGAAGCAGACUACGAUGCUGAUAAAGGGUUGGAGAGAGCGAGGAGUAUGCGAUUAAGUGCCAAAGUACAUAACGAUUUGUAUUCGGAACAAGAGAAGUACUUCGAUUAUAGACCCGAACUGAAAGAUAUAAAAGCAAAGACUUUGAUAGUUGUCGGUGAUAAAGAUUGGAUAUGUCCUCCUAGCCAAUCCAAGUUAAUACAUCAGGGUAUAUCUGGUUCCGAGCUGCUUAUCGUACCCAAUGCCAAUCACUCGGUACAUCAGGAGAAGAACGAAGAAGUCAUAGCUGCCAUACGGAAGUUCUUAUCAUGA